CGCAUGCGCGCGGAAAGCUCGGCGCAGGCCUAGUGGCACGUUGCCAAGGGGUUGGGCGGUUGUUAGGUCGGCGGGCCGGCCCGAGCCAUGUCGGCCGCGCUGCGGAGUCCGGAGCCGGCAGGGAGCGGCGAGUCUGAUGUCUUUGAAAUUGACCUUCCCAUCACUAUCUUUGUGCUGAGUGAUGAUGAUUUUCUAGAAAGUGAAGAUGAAGAGCAGGCAAUCUUGAGUGGUGGUGAUAUUUUGAAGAGUGAAGAAGAAGAGGUGGUCACUUCCAAUGAUGGUGAUCUAAAAAAUACCCAAGAGGAAAAGCGGGUGCCUUCAAGUGAUGACGAUCUAAGGAGUCAAAUGCAGCCCAGCUUGAAUGAAGAAGUUGUUCUAAAAUGUCCAGAGAGAGAGCAGGUUACUCUAAGUGUGUUUGAGAAAUUAAAUUCACCCCAAGUUUCUAUAAGUGAUCAAUAUGCUCUGGGCAGUAGCAAACCCAGCCAAAAUUAUCUGUCAUGUCCGUCAGCUCCCAGAAUGGACCCUGGAGAGGUAAAUGGAUGUGUCGAAAGCAAAGAAUGCAAGGAUGACAUCGAUUGCCAAAAGGUUCCUGUUCCAUUCUUAUGUGGUGACAAUAAGGAUAGAGAUGGUCUGACUAUUGAGACAACUAGACAGUUGAUUCCAAGAGCAAUAUUUAAAGAUGGAAAGGAAUGUGAGACUUCUGCAAUCAGUUCCACUGACAACAAUCAAGAGUGCCAGCCAGCACUCCAUUGUAAACAAGCAGAGAGAUGUGUUGAGACUGAAGGUACUGUCCCUUUAGAGACAGCAAAGAAUAAAACCGAUGACAGAACAAGAAUGAGAAAUGGCUCUACAGAUGAAACUCUGAAUUAUGGGAUGGAUAGCAACUUUGAAGAUCUGAAUGCUGUAAAAGAAAUAGAGCAAGUCCAAAGUAUUUUUUUUACUUGUUUUAAUGGUGACUUUUCUACAGCAGGAGAGUUGCUAGAAGACGUAGGAGACUUGGCAAUGAAUGCUUGUGAUAAUCCUGGAUUAAAUAUUUCUGAAGAGUUUAUUCAUCAGUCUGUAAUUCAUUCUCCCAGGGAGAUGGAUAAGCAAGAAGAUUGUGAUGUUUCUCAUGUGAUUAUAAAACAUCCGAAUGUAAAGCAGCAAGAAGAGACAUUCCUACUAGGUAAUGAGCAUAACAGCAAAGCUCUUUCUACGGGAUCUUGUUCUACGUGCAAGCAUGAGAAGACACUGAAUGUGAAAUGCAGGUUUUGUAGCUGUGUGUGUACAAGUAAAAAUAUUCUAAAGAAACAUAUUCAUUCAGCACAUCAGGAUAAAAAAAUCCACAAAUGCUGCUUUUGCCAAAGAAGCUUUUUCUUUUCUGUCAGUGUUAAACGCCAUCUUAAAUUUCAUAAGAAAAUGACCAGGUUGAAAAAUACAAGAAAAGGUAGAAGUAUGAACACUGAAAAAGCCAGGAACAAGAACCCAGAAAAAACACAAUCUGUGAAUAAAAAAAAGGAAAGUAAGUACGGAGAAAUUCUUCAUACAAAUUGUGAAAGCAAAGCAUGUAAAGGUGACAGUGAUUACCAAAAGGAUUGGGUUUCUUCUGGUUCUGACAGUAAAUGGGAUGAUCACCUGCCUAAUGAGACACAUGAAAUGCUGGCUUCAGGAGCAGAACUUGAACAGGAGAAUGAAUUCGAGAGGGAUACGAAUCUGUGCUGUGGCAAAAAAACGUGCCAAAGCACCCAGGGAACUGACAAUUUGCCUGUUGUGAGGACUGGAUCAGAAACUCUUUUCAGUAUUUACAAGAGCGAUCAGUGUGAUUUAGUGUUUUGCAAAGAGAAGCAUCUUUUUUUUCAGAAGGUCACUCAUUCACAAGUUCAAGAGUGUAAUGAGAUAAUUACAAAUCCUCCCAAGGCUGAGGAAAAUGCUAAGUGUAUUGAUGUACAGCCGCCUAUUGGGACUUCUCACAAACUGUUCAAGUGUCAACAAUGUGAUUAUUCCACUUACAUUUUUAGCAACCUUAAGCUGCAUUUUAGAAUACACACCGGCGAAAAACCAUUUGAGUGUAAGGAGUGCAACAAGAUGUUUCGCACCUCCAGCCAUUUGCGGAGACAUAAUCUUAUGCACAUAAAGAAAGGUCAAGAAUGUGACCAUUGCCAUUAUUUGGGCAGCACUUCGGAUGAUCUUAAACUGCACUGUGAAAUACAUAAGGGCAUCUGCCCUAAAAGGGAAGAUUUUAUUUUGUCAAAAGACUUAAAGUGUGUCCGUUCCAUAUUCAGCUCAGAAGACCUACAGAAACAGAUGGAUGUUUGUGAGGGCAAGGAAAAUGAACAUGUUCUGCCAUCACAAAGUCUUUCACAACUUUACAAGUGUGAACAGUGUAAUUACAUCACUUAUGUUUUAAGCAACCUCAAGCUACACAUGAGGAUUCAUACAGGUGAAAAACCCCACAGCUGUGACACUUGUCAGAAGAAGUUUCGUACUUCAGGUCACCUAAAUCGACACAAGCUUGUGCAUUUAAAGAUGGAACACCUCAAAUGUAGGAACUGUGACUAUUCAACAGACAAAUGGCAAUCCCUUAAGUGGCAUUUGGCUUCACACUCAGAUGAAAAAAACCUGGCUGGCAGCAAAGUCCAAGAGCAAUCACUGCUACCUGUCAAAAUAUACAAGUGUGAAGAGUGUGGCUAUGCUACUGCCCAUAGUGGAAACUUCAAGCAGCAUUUGAGAAUUCAUACAGGUGAAAAGCCAUACAAAUGUGAUCAGUGUGCUCUUGCUUUCCGCACUUCUAGCCACCUGAAGCGCCACUUACUAACUCAUUUAAAGUUAUGCUGCAACAAGCGUAAGUUUUCCACAAUAGAUAGAUGUGCUCUGGAGAAACAUGUAAAAACACACAAGGAUAAAAAAUGUACAAAUGCCAAAAGUGCAAUGUAACACUUUCCACCAUACAUCUCUUAGAGAAACAUAAACAGCAUUUAUAAACUGGAAAAUAAAACUGGGAUUUGUUAAAAUUCCUGAGUUACAAGCUUAGAUCUAGAAAGUUUGUGGUAGUUUGAACUUGCACCUUGGGAGAAGAGCACAAUUUCUUUGCCCUGUAUCCCACCUAUAUGAAAUGUCUUCAACUGGCACUAGGUAAAAUUGGCAUGGUAAUGAUUAUGGACCAGACUCCUGGGUAUUCCCACGGCAUAUAGAGUGGAAGUCAGGGGAUGGCGUGGAAUGCUGACAUAUAGCAAUAGGGCAGUGUUUUGAGUGUUACUUCUACUGCUGUGUUAAAGAAGCCUCAGAGCUGUUUCUAAAUUAUACUGGCUUAUAAGAGUCACAAGGGGCUGUUAAACUAUCUCAGAUUGGAACAUUCAGACAAACUUCUGCUAAUGCUCAACUAUUCAGUGAGCACACUUUAUACCACUAUCCUGUCAGCAAGGAAGAGGAUGUGAUGUCAGCGCUCCUACAUUGGCUGUACUCCACUGCUGGGUCAUCCUUACACUAAGAUCUUCCUGUCGCACUUACUUGGGUUUUACAACCAAAAUAUGCUGUCUUUCUGAAAAGAAUUUAAAUCAAAUUCUUCUCUGUCACAAAAUCAGUAACCUGCAGAUCAAAAAUCUAGUUACAAAUUAGUCCUACCUAUUGGCUACCACCUGCACUCACUGCUCUGAAGUCCUUCUGCAACUACUCAUAUUGCCGUAACUACCUAAUACUGCAAGAGGACUGAAUCAAGAGAGGGUGACUUACAAAACCAUUAGUUACAAUAAUUGAUUAUAGAAAUGCAGAGUGGGCAUGUUUAUAUAAACACACCCCAGAAAACAAGUUACUAAUGUGGAUUCAGCAUUGGUGAGUACUGCUGCAUCAGUACUUUUGAGGCUUAACUCUUGAUUUGGACUCUGAGUAGAAAUGUCCUUAAAGUUUUGUAUUGCUGUCCUUCAAAGGCCUAAUCUUGUAAAAUACUGUGCCCCCUCAAAGCACUUUGCAAGAUAAGUUCCAAACUGUUUGCAGGAAAUGAAGUAGGAAGCACAAGAUAAAAUAAUGGAUACCUCCAGCCUACCAUUUGAUGCCUGCUUUCCAAGUGUUCUGUUGCAUAUCAGAAAAUCUCCUUCAUUAAGAGGAGUUGAUAGAAAAGCUGUAGAUCUAUUAAGAGUCCUCCAGUUUAAACUAAUGUCUCCUUAAAUGAGACUUUACUAGAGCUGCUUGUUUGCUCAUGUUCUUUGUUGUUGAUAUAGGUCAUUAUCAAUGAUGUGUUUAUUCCAAAUGUCUGUCUUUGAUUGUGGGUCAAACUUUUUUCUUUAUUUUAGAUGAAGGAAAUGACUCAGUUGAUUUAAAUACAUUUGGCAAAAUGCUGGUAUAUUUUUCAGAAACAUUCAAGUUUAUGCUUUUGAGUGCUGCCUGUAUCUUUUGAAGAUUCCACUGUUAGCCCUAUACAAAGGACGAAUAAGGGAAACGUAAUAUGUAUAUUUCAGCAAUUUGUAUUAAACAGUUCAGUUAAUGUUUGUAAAAUGUAUUCAUGGUUUGAUGCAUUUUCCUAACAUUAGUCUCAAGUGCUAAAAUAAUUUCCCUUUUGCCGAAGGUGGGUAAAAUUCAGUUUUUGCCAUUUAAAAUAUUUAAUUUUUGCCCUUGUAGGGAGAUGUAUUUGAAUGAACCAUAGUAAUGUUAAGGAACACUGUGGUAAUGUUAAAGAUGCUAAUGGAAAAAUUGGUAAAUCUUUUUCUAAACAUUUUGAUAGACUGCCUCAAAGCAAUUUCAUUAAAUCACGUUAUACUGUCUCUAUUAAAUUGCAUGUGCAAGGUCCACUCAAGCAAAAAGCUAACUCAAAAAGUAUCUAGCUACACCUUAGUAAAAAUACAGCAAAUGGGAGAGCCAAGAAUGGAACUGGGGUUUUUCUUUCAUGCGGUAAGAGUAGGUGUUACUUGAGCAUCUGCAUUGUAUGGUGCUAAGAUUUCCACAGCAUUACUUGCACCAGGGGAUUUGUAAUGGCAGAACUUUGUGUCCAGCAUCUGUUACAAUUACUGCCAAGGAUUAAGAGACUGGUAAAUUAAAAGAAAAACUCUAGGGGAUUCUUGGUAUUCCCUUCUUUAAUCUCCUAUUUGAUGCCUCAAGACAGGAAAGUUGCACUGCAGAAUAAGUAAAACUAGAAAAUGAGAGCAUGAAGUAUGGGAACCUAAGGUGAGAACUGGGGACCAAAUGUACCUUGUGGUCUUCCUUAUUAAUAUGGAGGUGUAGCAUAGAGACUACAAGUUUCCAGCAUCAGCGGCUCUCUUAAUCUGAGGAGAGGGUGGUGGUCUCUCGGCUGCAUCUCCACAUUACCAGAGUGUGGCUGCAGUAUGCUCCAUUUUAUGCAAUUAGGAGCAGCCCUCAGGCUCCCAUAAAACUACUUAUAUAGCCUCUGAAUAGGACAUAGUUUGGCCUGAAAGAUAUUUUUAGUUCAUUUUUUUUUUUCUUUAAAAAGUGUCUGAUUUUCUGUUGGUUUUUGUUGCCAGUGCUUAAUGCUGUAGAACUUUGGUUCUUACCAGGCUUUGAAAACUUCUGUUACGAUGGUCCAUCUCACAUCUUUCCUGAUAUUUCAUAUAGCACAGAAGUGCCUGUUAUGUUGUAGAGUCUACAUUUGAAACAUAAAAAGCUUUCUUAAUUUGAUUUAUAAUUGAAACCACAAAUUCUGAAGAAAGCAGCAAAAAUCAAUGUAAAAGGGCAACUAUGCACUAUACCAGUGGGGUCACCUAGUGCUCUCUAGGUGUAACUGCAUGUGCUCAAUUGUUUUUGAUCUUACCUAUCUAAACAUUGUUGAAACAUCAGAAAAGAGUGAAUAGCCUUGCCGGUGGGAAAAGUGUGGUAAUGACAGAUGAUAUCUACACUUUGGUCCUGUUUUUGUAUGCCAUGCACCACAACUCUUAUUACGUUGCAGUGUGCCUUUUCCAGAGUAUAGAGUAUUAUAAAAUUCUUCUUUAUGAAAAGUAAAUGGGUGUAGGUGAUUACAUCAUUUCAUGUAAUAAGUUAGACCACUUCAUUUAUCUAUUAAUGCAGGCAUUUGGGUUAA